CAGCUGUGACAGCUUUUGGCUUCACAGACAGGUGCGCACUGCACAUGCACGAGAAGCGCUGCGCUUUGUGAAUGGCCCCGCAGUCUUCUGGGACCUGUCACAUGUCCACAGCCUCUGGUCAUCUGUACUAUGUCUGCAGUCUCUGGUCUUCUGUACUAUGUCCGCAGUCUCUGGUCAUCUCCUGUACUAUGUCCGCAGUCUCUGGUCAUCUCCUGUACUAUGUCCGCAGUCUCUGGUCAUCUCCUGUACUAUUGUCUGCAGUC